AUGAUAAUGGGAACGCCCUCUCUCCUGUAUUUGUUCACACUGAUCAUUACCUCCAUGCAUUUCACGGUAAACGCCACCAGCGGAAAAUGCCAAGUAAGUAGAAAUGUCAUGUACCGGAAGCAGUUAAACAGGAUUACCACGAAAAGGUAUUAUUUGUGUAAAAUUUUUAAGGACAGUUUUCCGUGUUUUUUUGGUAUCUCUGGGUAUGACCAAAAUGGUAGUAGUGGCGAUCUCCUCAAGCGUACUGCUAUACAGUGGAAUCAGUUAAAAAUAGAAAAUGAAAUCUUCCACAGGGGAAAACCUUCCGAUGAGGUACAAGUAGAAAGCCCAGUACAAAAAAGGAAUGUCGCCCAUGAUGACCAGCGGAUAGAUAACCUUAAGGGAGCUACAAAACGGUUCAUACAGGAUGGACACCAUUACUCCCUUAACGCAAAGAAUCCACGCGGUGGAAGCAGUGGUAGCUGGACAUAUCCACCCACGGAAAAAGGGCCAAAUGUGUUCUUCAUAAAUUAUACUAAUUUAAAGCAAUUGAGAAAAUAUGGCCUGAGAAAAGGGGAUCCUUUUAUCACACGAAAGUCGACAUUUUUACACACCUAUGAAGGUAAUCGAUUGGGGAAUUACUCCACCAGUGCAACUGUAGGAGAGAAGCUUUUUACAGUCAAGAACGAAGACACCCAAACGGGGAAAGAGGCGCAAUUCAUCACACGUGCGAAGAAAAGCGAUGAUGCCAAGGACCCCCCCAAUUUGGAUGCCAUCUUUGAUCAAAUAAACAGCUAUCUGGAUAUUGAAAAAUAUAAAGAUUCAUAUGGUGAAGAAGUUUAUAAUCAGAUAGUUAAAUUAUACGUACAUAGGCAUGUCCCCGAAAAUUACGAACAAUUGUUCUUCAUGGAACAACCGCAGAAGAGCGUUGCAUUGGACGUAGACAAAUAUGAUGAGGACCAAUUUCAGAAACUAAUUGAAGAGGAAUUCCAAAGAAAUGGAGUCCACAUAGAAAACAUCAAUAAAGAAUACUACAAAAGAGAGAAUAUCAAGAAAACUCUUAAGGUCCUAAAUUACUUACCUCUACUAAAUUUAAUAAACAAUCCAAAUGAUUUGAAAAAAUUGAAGAAGGAAUAUCUACCUCUAUUGGCUCACGAAUUAAAAAUGUUCCUUUUUUUCAUGGUUAAUCUAAGUGGUGGUCAUUUUUCCGCUGGGUUGAGCUUGCUAGAGGUGCAGCUGAUGUUAAUGUAUCUGUUUGAUCAGCCCCAUGAUGAUGUGAUAUACGAUAUAGGCCAUCAGACCUACGUACACAAAAUACUCACAGGGAGAAAGUUCAUUUUUUUAUCUCUAAGACAGAAAGAGGGAUUAUGUGGCUUUCUAAACACAUUUGAAAGCACCUACGACAAGUUUGGGGCAGGCCAUAGCUCCACUGCACUGAGUGCAAUUCAGGGGUUUUAUGAAGCCGACUGGCAGGUAUGUCAAAACAGAAGAAACACCAAAUCGGAAGGAAAAGAAGCACAUCCCUUUGAAGACACAGAAAAUAUCACUUUUAUCCAACCUGGUGGAGAAGACCAAAUCCAUGCAGGGGAGAACCUUCAUGCAAGUCAUCCCAAGGGAGGAGGAAAUCCAACACAACAAAGUUCCUACCCUGGGCGAAAUAACUUAGCUGAUCAUUUGAACAAAGUGCAUAUCGCCAUCAUUGGGGACGGUGGCCUAACCGGUGGUAUGGCAUUGGAAGCGCUGAAUUACAUUUCCUUUUUAAAUUCUAAAGUACUAAUUAUUUAUAAUGACAAUGGGCAGGUAUCUCUCCCCACUAAUGCACCCAGUAUCUCGGGGCAUCGACCAAUCGGCUCCAUCUCUGACCAUCUGCGUAGUUUUAUCACAAGAAAAAGUGGAAAAGGAGACAGCCAAAAUUCCAGCGAUAAGGAAAAAAACAACUUUUUUGAAAAUUUAAACUACGACUAUGUGCAAGUCCAAAACGGAAAUAACACAGAAGCCCUUUUCAACGUGUUGUCGUCCUUUAAAAAGGGAAGUAUGAAUAGAGCCACUGUAUUGCAUGUCUGUACGAACAAAACCAGUGAGUUUAUAAACAGUAGGGCACCGAUAACUGUGAUGCAUUCUAUUAAGAAGAACGAAAUCUUUCCAUUCAAUGUGGAUAUGCUUAGCUCAGAUGGGCAGAAAGUUAAGUCUCCAGAGCCCACCGCCCAUAGCCAAGAUGAUAAGAUGUACAGUGGAAAAUCCCCCCCCACGACACCACAACAACAGUGGAUGUUCUCCAAGAAAACCUUCACAGAUGUGUACACAGAAGAAAUGCUAAAAUAUUUGGAGAGAGAUAAAAAUAUCAUCUUCAUUUCUCCAGCCAUGUUAGGGGGAUCCGGAUUAGUAAAGAUCAGCGACAAGUACCCCAACAAUGUAUAUGACGUAGGAAUCGCAGAACAACACGCAACAACCUUUGCGACAGCCAUGGCCAUGAAUAAGAACCUAAAGGUUCACCUAUGCAUUUAUUCUACAUUUAUGCAAAGAGCAUAUGAUCAAAUAAUACAUGAUUUGAAUUUACAGAAGGUUCCGUUAAAGGUUAUUAUCGGUAGGAGUGGCUUAGUCGGGGAAGAUGGAGCUACUCACCAAGGAAUCUACGACCUUACUAUUUUGGGUGCCUUGAACAAUGCAUGCGUUAUAUCCCCUAGCAACCAAGUGGACUUGAAGAAGGCUCUCAAGUUUUGCUACCAUGAUGUGAAACGAUCUGUGUUUGUUCGCCUCCCCAGGAUUAACACCUUCACGGAGGAGUACCUGCAGAGGUAUUUCCGCAUCGGGGAGCAGCUCCAGGGAGAUGGAAACGUAGGGCAUAACAGGCAAAUAGAUUGGGAAAAAGCAAACAAGGGGGGAGAUCCCCGCAACGACGAUAUGCAAUCAUUCUUUGGAAAGGCGCGAGUCAUCAAAAUGAGCCCAGAAAAAAAUGAACCAAGAGAAGGAAGGAAAAAAAAAGUGUCCAUUUUUAACAUGGGUAGUAUGCUAUUCAAUGUACUGAACGCUAUCGAAGAAAUCGAAAAGGACCAAUUUUUCUCCAAUAAAUUUUCCUUCUCAAUUAUAGAUAUGAUUUUCCUAAAUCCAAUGGAUAAAAAAAUAAUAGAUUACUUAAUAGAGGAGAAUAAGCAUGACGUACAUAUAACCUACGAGGACAACACUGUAGGUGGAUUUUCAACCCACUUCAAUAACUACCUAAUAGAGAAGAAUUACAUUUCCAGACAUCAGUUGUCUGUUCAUAAUAUUUACGUACCAAAUGAUCCCAUUGAACACUCCACGUAUGUACAACAAUACACAGAUGUAAAAAUGGAUUCUAAUAGCUUAGUGAAAAGAAUAAAGAGUUUCUUACAAGGACAACUGUCCAAUUGA